CAAUUUCACAGUCAUCCAAAUUAACUACGUUGAAUUUUGGAUAUCAAAAUAACCAGCCAGUAAUAUGAGUGAAUCAUCAGAUAUGCUAGGCGCUGCAGCGACUUCAGGAACUACACUAAAUUCAGAGGUCUCAUCAAGAAACAUCCUCGAUAUUCUAAAUGAUGAUUGCAUUGGACACAUCUUUCGACAGUUGGAACACCUAGAGGACCUGUUCAAUGCAGCAACUACGUGCAAACGGUUCUGGGAAUGUGCAAUGUCUUUGAAAUUCAGGUUUCGAUCCGUUGCUAUUGAAAAUACGCAUCAUGCUUACAGUCGGAAAGACGUAGUAUCAGCUCAUAACGCACCAGCACUAUUAAGACACUUCGGUCAGUUGGCCGAAUCAGUUGAGUUGCGGCUCGUAGGAAAUCAGCAGCGUGGGGACGAAAUAUUCGAACUGCUCGAGAAAUUCUGUGGAAAAACGCUCAGGAAACUGACGAUUGCCAAUUACAAUCCCAAUUUCAACAUUGAAAGCCAAUUUCCAGCUUUAGAGCAUUUGACAUUGUACAACGCUGAGCCGAUAAACUUUUGGUUGGAUUCACCUUUAAAACAUCUCGCAAUCCAAAAUUUUUCAGAAAUUGUGGAGGAAGAGUACAACUUUCAGCCAUGGUUCGUUCGGAAUUACCCGCAUCUGGAGAGCGUUUAUUUAAAUACAACGGAGAUCUGCUAUGACACUCUCACAGUUUUUUUGGCAUUCAAUCAACAAUUACCGGAACUGGACGUUCAUUCUGAAUAUCUGACGCCAAUGAUCUUCCAAAGCAUUGGCCUUUAUUCAAGAAAUAUUCAACGAUUAAAAAUGAAAUGUUCUGAAUUCCAAGAAUAUGACAGCAGUUAUCUUCAUGAAGAAUUACUAAAUUUGAGCGGGUUACGAAAACUGACGGACUUUGGUGUAUCUGGACGUCUUUCGCUGGAGUUAUUGUUCAAGAUGUUCGCCGAAAAUAAUACUCCGAUUCGAUCAUUGGAAGUUGAUAUCGCAGCCACAGAUGGAAAGGCCUCCAUUCCAACAAUAAGAACGCUCAACAAAUUACAGUGCAUAUGCCGUGCUGAUGUUGAUGAAAAUAGCCUAAUUAAUUUAGCAAAAAGUCAACCGGCUCUACAAAUACUACAGGUGACUCACAUGGGCUCACAUACAACGAUCAAAGCAAUUGAAAAGAUAUUGAACUAUGGCAGAAAUCUUACCGAUUUCGAAGUGUCUUUUUGCAGCUCUUAUAUUGACAUGGAAAGCUAUAACCGAAUCCUUUUGUUAGCCAAAAAUCGAGUCAAGGUGCGAAUAACUGUUCCAAAACGUAGCCAAGUUAAUGUACCGGCAGAUAUUUUGAAAGUGAACAGAAAUUGGGUGAGAAUAAUGUUUGACUGUGUUUAA